UUGUAAUAAUCAACAUGAUCGCCAAAGUCACACUCCUCGCCUGCCUUGUAGGCUUGGCAUAUGCCAGUGGGAUUGGCAACACUGGUUUGGGAGCCUAUGGCGGUCCUGGCUACCCCGGUUACGGGGCUGGUUACGGUGGUCUCAGCGGCCUCGGCGGAUACGGUGGUUUUGGCGGCUACGGCGCGUACGGCAACGGCUAUGGCGCUGGUUACGGUGGCUACGGAGCCGGUUACGGUGGCUACGGAGCUGGUUACGGUGGCUACGGAGCCGGUUAUGGCGGCUACGGAUCCGGUUACGGCGGUUACAGUUCAGUCCAUCCUGGCGGCGCAACGUCUUACGUUAACAUCGUCAAGCACAUUACCCCUAAGGCUGGGUACAACGGGCUUUAUGGAGGAGCUGGCUACGCCGGAGCCGGUGUAAAUGGCUUGGGAUAUGCAGGUGCUGCUGGCUGGCCAUCUAAUGCUGCCGGUUGGCCUAACGCCGGCGUUCCCUACGCUGGCGGUUACGGCGGCUACGGCGCUGGUUACGGCGGCUACGGCGCUGGUUACGGUAGCUACGGCAACAAUGGUUGGUAAAUAAAGAAGCUGGCAAUUGCUCGAUCAUUCAAUGUUUUAAUUAGACUGAUGAUACUUGAAUGCAAAUGAUUUAUUUAUUUAUUUAUUUAAUAGGACAACCAACAAGACAUACACUGGAAGACAAUCAAUAUUUACAACGUAUUUAACUUAAUCUAA